AUGAGCAACGGCAGUUAUAACUCAAAUUUUGGGGGUAGGGAUGCGUACGGUCGAGACCGAAAUGAGCCUGGGUCCAGUUCGAGCGCCUUCUCUCGGUCCUCGGGCCAGAGUCAGCAGCAGACGACGCAGGGUAACUUGCCCCAGUACGCCCCGACGACUAGACGUAGUCAGCAGCCGUCAAGCCAGGGUCAGUCCCAAACGGGGUACAGUGACCAAGCCUUUGGAACUCAAUCCAGUCGGGCUUCGAGGUAUAGUGAAACGGGAAGCGCGAGACACGAAUCUGAAAUCGACAGAAAAAGGUUCGACGAAGUGGUGUCCACCCGUCGCGAGCGCAGGGAAUACGCCAAACGUCUUCCUGGUCCUCCCCGGCCACCAGCGCAACGUCCGAGUGCAGCGGACGAUGUCCGCGCCUACGAACGAGUUUACGGACGACAGCAACAACACGUCCCAGCGCCGACCGUCUACUAUGACGACCAGUUCGGACAGCUGCCCUCUGCAUCGGGCUACGCUCAAGUCCUCCCCGAGCUCGAAGACUAUGAUACGUCCAACACCCGUAGAAGCCAUUCUUCCCACUCAAAGGGACAUGGUAGCCAGCAGAAGCAUAAACGUCCUCAUCACUGA